GAAGGAGAAAAAAAUCUUCCCUUUCGUAUGCAUAAGAGGAUGGCGUUCAUUUCUGCUCACUAGGCCAUCCACAACCAACGAUUCAGCAUCGCGCGGCCGUGACUGCCUUCACGUGUUAUUGACAGCGAGGAUUCGAUUGGGUCGAUGGCAGUGCUGAUUCCAGUCUGUGCUUCUUCUCAACCUUCUCUGAAGUGCUCGAUUGUCUCUUGCAUUGUUCGCCCGAACUAGUCCCGUGGCCCUUGAUAAAAGAGCUUGCGACGUGUACGUAUCCCUAAAACAUCUUCCUCUUGUCUGACAUGUCUGAACCUGCUCCCCAACAGUCCGACCGGACACAAAGUGGCACAGGUCAAUCGACGUCCCACUCUCCUCGAAAACCACGCCUUUCUGCCGCUCGUCACGGUGCCACCGACUUGCAGUCCCGCAAACAAAAGGACGACAACACCUUCGACCACUGGGUGCAGAUGUCUGAAGAUCACUUCCGGGGCGUGAUCUCCACGGAGUCGAUGCUCGACUCAAUGCCAAAGCCCUCUCUCGAAACACCGAAGUUCAUUCGCACGAUGGUGGAGCUCGGACAGCCCUCAUUGGAUGAGGCCUGGAAAUCGCGUGAAGCAUUGUCUGCGCAUAAUGCCGCCCUCGACCCCACGCCCCGCGAGCAUGCAGAUAAGAGGAAACCACGCCGACGGAACGAGCAGACUUUAUUGGACGAGAUGACCGAAUAUUUCUCCGCUAUCGUGCAAGCGUUCCCCGACAAGCACAAGCCAGAAUUCAGGGACACUCAUAUGCGGCUGAUUCCUAAUGCGGACGACCCAGCCGACCACGAUACUGCGCCCGAUCUUAUCGCCCUGCGACCGAGAGACCUUUCCAAGGCUCCACUCGUUCCCGCUUCCGAGGUUCCACUCAUCUGGCGAAAUAUCGGUUUCGUCGCCGAGUUCAAAGACAGCCUGUCUUUUGUCGUGAAGCGGAGCGCGUCAGAGAUGCAGGCCGCCCUCGACGCCGAGCAAACCAACGAUCCAGGGGAACCAGGACACUCGGCAGCUGAGAAUGAAGAGGGCGAAGAGGACGGACAAGCCGGCGACGAGAAAGAUGACAACGACGCUGACGACAACGACGCGGAUGAUGACGACGCGGACGACGAUGCGGACGACGACGAGGAGGUGGCCGAAAUCGAAGAUGAGAUUGUGGUUGAGGAGGAUAUCGACCCGCAAGCUGAAGAAGACGACGAUGAUCAGGGCACGGGGGGUGAAGUCGAUGAGAAGGAGGUCCGCAAGGACCCGAUGCGAUACAGACUUACUCGUGGGAGGAAAGGCCGAGAGGCCUACGUGCAGCUGGCGAAGAGUGCAAGGAACAUGCUUCUCGCGUCUGGGGGCUGCCACAUCUAUCUUCUCUCCGUUGUUGGCAAAGCCGCCCACAUCGUUCGUUACGACAAUUCCGGUUGGACGGUAACUCCUCCCAUCCACUGGAAGGAAGACAACACGAUUCUGCCACGAUUCUUCCUUCGACUCUACAAUCCACCCAAAGCGCCUCGGUUUGGGCCCGGUCGCAUCCUCGGCGAUGACUUCACCAUCAACCCGCUGACGAAAGCGCAAAGGAAGAAACUGAAGAGUGCGCUGGCGAGGAAGAAAAGUGGUUAUGCAUCUCGUUUGGCCGCAACCGAAGGCAACCUCACCAGGCACAGCGUCUCGAUGAUUACUGUCCAGUUCGUCGAUGGACCCGCGGGUGAGCGCCAGCACAAACUUGUGCGCUGCCUCACGUUCGGAAAACCGCUUUGGGUUUCGCACGGUCUUUUCGGUCGUGCCACGAAGGUGAUUCGCGUCAUCCUCGAGUGCGAUCUCAAGGACCCCGAUCCUACGAUUUAUGCGCUCAAAGACUCGUGGCGCCAAGGCUGUCGCAGGCCGGAGGUGGACUACUAUGACGUGCUUGCCCACUACCGCAAGCAAAAUCCUCAUGUCUUGGCAGCAUUGAAGAUCGGCUCGGUGGCUGAAUGCCAUGGCUCUCUCGAUCUGUCUCUGACUCUACCUAUGAAACUCCAGGCAGCUGAGAAGUGGAAUGGAAAGUGGGACGCACAAUCCCAUCGAACGUCUUCCAUUGAUCGAUUGUCAAAGGAAGCGAGGAACAUCCUCGUUCGCUAUCAUACGCGCACUCUGCUGUCGCCUAUCGGUCUUCGCACGGAGAAAUUUGGAUGCGUGAAGGAUGUUGUUCAGGUGAUAUAUGAUGCUCUGACCCAGGCGUGGCUAGCACAUCGUGCCGGAGUGCGACAUCGCGAUGUCAGUAACGGCAAUGUUUUGGUCGAUGAGAUUCUCAAGACCGGAUUCUUGCUCGAUUACGACUACGCCGAAUUCACGCCCGAGGGUUUCGAUGCAUUCACCGAGUUAUCCAAAGACCGCGCGCGAAAUGACGAACACCUCUACCAGGACAUUAACAAAAGCUUGAAAGAGAUCACGGGCACGCCUCCGUUUCUCGCCCUAGAUCUCGCUUUCAACAAAGAUGUCACCCACGAGCACUACCACGACAUCGAGUCUUUCUACUGGCUUCUCAUUUGGAUCAUCCUUCGACAUACCACUCCUCAGUUCCAUGGUCAUCAACAAAAUAAAUUCGCUGCACUUUUCGGCUUCGACUCAGCUGACAAAAAAAAGUUAUGGAUAACUGAUUAUCAAGUUGUUGGGCCACCUGACUCACCGCUUCGAUCACUCACUCUGGAAUGGGUGAAGCUGGUUCAGGAGCAGAAUCGAGUGGCCGUCCCGAUCCUGAAUAAUCCGCCAACCGCUUCGUUCGCUAUCCCGAGUCUGGGCGAGGACGACGAGUCGUUCGCUCCGGUUGAGGAACCUCCCGUCGAAACGGCUAAACCGGCAAUGAAGAUGGACUUUCGCGCUGUCGUGACGCUCGUCGGGGGUUGGCUCGCACAAAAAGGCUGGGACGCGAUGCCAAACGAUCGCUGGGUCAAAUACACGCCCCCUUAUACGCAGAAGCUCACCACAGUCACUCAAAAUGACACCCGUGCCCUGAAUGCUAUCUUCACACGCGAGUCGAUCUCCGGGCCCACCGCCUUGGGCUCGAUACCCCAGGACAGAGGAUCUAAACGACAGGCACGGGAUACACGUGAAGGAACCAGCAGCAAGCGACGCAAGGCCCAAGGUCAGGACGAGAGAAUCGGCCGAGAUGCCGCUCGUGAUGUUAUAGAGUAGUUGGGGUCCCAUUGACGUAUAGAUGUUCCAUAUUGUAUAAUGCAUGAUUACAGCUUCAUUUUCAACUUAGAUCACAUCCUUGCUCGAUACUCUACUGCUGUGUGUACUGGGUUUCAGAGAUACGUACGUUCGAGUUUCCGAAUAUUAUAUUUGGCAGCAAGGAUCGGUCAUUUUAGCCGUUUGAAUCGUAUGGCCCUGCGUUAAGCUGGAGAUAUAUCCCAGUAACCGGAGAGCAGCAAGUCGGGGGUC